UUCAUAUUCACUUUCUGGUGAAGGAAGCCAAAUAACAUUUGCACUUUUGCUCGAUGUCAUUUCAGAAUUAUUCAUCUCGUUCGCUGAAAGCGUUGUCGAUAGCACAACUCGAAAGUGAUGAAAUAGCUGAAUAUUUAGAAAGUCAUUCCCAACAAGGGACUUUACAAACUAUUACCACGAGAAAAGAUUGGAACCAUUUUUAUUCCACGAAACAAAACAAGUUCUUCAAGAAUCGUUACAACUUGCGCUACUUUUUUCCAGAACUUUUGCCAGCAGGUGUUGAACCAAAAACUUGGCAUCCUCCUGUGCAGUUGCAAGGACAAAAAUGUGUGGAGCCUCCUACUGUAGAAGAACUAAGGUUAUGUCGAUAUACCAUAGUUUUAGAAGUUGGUUGCGGAGUUGGUAAUAGUAUUUUUCCACUCAUUCGAGCCAAUCCCAAUCUUUUUGUGUUUGGUAUCGACUUUAGUGAAGAAGCUAUACGUUUGUUACGAGAUAAUGUGGAAUAUGAUUGUCGUCGUGUCUAUGCCUUUGUAGCUGAUGCAGCCGAAGAUGAACAGAAAAUCUAUCAAAUCAUACCUCCACACUCUAUCGAUUACAUCACUUUAUUUUGGACUUUAUCGGCACAGUCUCCUGAAGAUAUGAAGUAUACGGUGAAGUUGGCUCAAAAUUUAUUGAAACCAGGAACAGGGAAAGUGCUAUUUAGAGACUACGCAUUUGGUGACUUGGCACAAAUUCGGCAACAUCCUAAGAACUGUGUAGAUAGAAACUUGUAUCUUCGAGGUGAUGGAACUUUGGCUUAUUAUUUCACCGAAUCUUUUUUGCAAUCUUUAUUUCCAUCCAGUCACUGGGAAACUUUGGAGUUGGUAACGCAUACCAAAGCAGUUGUCAAUCGAAAGGAAAACAAGAAUAUGACUCGACGUUGGUUACAGGCAAAGUUUUUACUUGUUUCAGAUCAAACUAUCCAACAGUAAAUAUUAUUUUCAACUAAAAGCUCAAAUGGUUUUGACGCGUCCCAAGGAGAGUAUCUCAGGUUGCUUCACUCUAUCACUCAAAACACCGAAUACUCGAUUACCCACAGGCUUCCCACUCGAAUCCACUAGAAUAACUCCAUUCUGAUCAAUUCUUACAAAAGACCCGUCUGUUCUCUUCUUUUCUACUUUACAACAAGCCACGAUACCGUGAUAGACUUUUCCCUCUGCAGCAACUACAAUCUUAUCACCUACAGAAGCAAACUUCUUUGGUGGUCCAAGAAUUCCUAUACAUCUUGCUGUUUUAGGUCCUGAAUUAUCCAAUACUUUUAAUACAGUUCUUAUUUGAAUCAUCUAAGAUGUUUUAAUAGGCGAAGCGAACUGAACAAUCAAUCAUCAAUCGUUCGUCCCAAAUUAUUCAAGAAAAGUAACACAAUUUUU